CACCAUGUGACCUAACAAACAAUCUCUCUCUUUUGCACACGCUCUUUGUUCCCUCAAUAAUUAGGGAAUAAUCGAAAUUAGGAAGACACCAAAUCCCUGUAACAAAAUAACACAGCCCAUAACCAUUUUUUCUUUCAACACAAUACUUUAAUCCCACCCUCACUUUUCCCUGAUAAAAAAUUGACAAACCCCCUUUGUUUAUUUUCUAGGCAAAAACGAAGUGCUAACAACACAACACAAAACAAAACACCCCUGUUUGGUUUCUCCUCCCGUCACUGUUUCUUCUUUUCUACUUCUUCUCGCACCCGAACAAGAUAGCAGUUCCUCAACCACCUUGAUCCUCUCCAUAUCUUGCUUGUUUUCCUUUUCCCUCUGAAUUUAAAUGAAAUGGCUCUGCACAAAACACCCCCAAAUAGCAGGGGGUACUAUGUUAAGAUGAAGCUCCUUCACAAACAUGGAAGACCUCAUCACCACCAAGAAAAAAACUGCUUUUACAAAUACUACAAAUGGCUUCUAUGGCUCUCUCUUUCCCUUUAUUUCUUCACUUCCUACCUCAUCAGCAACAACAACCACGCCAAACAACCCUCUCACCACCAAACACCUCAUGUCUCCAGAACUCUCAUUGAAUCAAACAACACAGCUCCUUCGCAGUCUCUGCACUCUCGAGGGUCUUCGUCGCUGAAGAACUUGAAGGUGUUUGUGUACGAUCUUCCGCCCAAGUACAACACCGAUUGGUUAUCGAACGAGAGGUGUAGUAAGCAUUUGUUUGCGUCGGAGGUUGCCAUUCACAGGGCUUUGUUGACCAGCGAGGUCCGCACGUUUGACCCUUACGAAGCUGACUUUUUCUUCGUACCCGUUUAUGUCUCUUGCAACUUCAGCACCGUCAAUGGCUUUCCCGCGAUUGGUCACGCGCGCUCCCUCAUCGCGUCCGCGGUCAGCCUCCUGUCCUCGGAGUACCCUUUCUGGAACCGGAGCAGGGGCUCCGACCACGUCUUCGUCGCCUCGCAUGACUUCGGCUCGUGUUUCCACACGCUGGAGGACGUGGCGGUGGCUGAUGGCGUCCCAGAGAUUAUGAGAAACUCGAUCGUGUUGCAGACGUUUGGCGUUGUGUACGAGCACCCAUGUCAGAAGGUUGAGCACGUGGUGAUUCCGCCGUAUGUUUCGCCGGAAAGUGUCCAGGACACGAUGGAGAACUCUCCGGUGAACGGACGGCGAGAUAUUUGGGUUUUCUUCCGAGGGAAAAUGGAACUUCAUCCCAAGAACGUUAGUGGAAGAUUUUACAGCAAGAAAGUGAGGACAAUGAUAUGGCGAAAGUUCAACGGUGACCGGAGGUUUUACCUACAGAGACACAGGUUCGCCGGUUACCAGUCAGAGAUUGCACGCUCGGUGUUUUGUCUGUGCCCUUUGGGGUGGGCCCCGUGGAGCCCGAGGCUGGUAGAGUCCGUUGCUCUGGGUUGCGUGCCGGUAGUUAUAGCGGACGGUAUCCGUCUGCCGUUUCUCUCUGCCGUGAAAUGGUCGGAGAUAUCGAUCACGGUGGCCGAGAGGGACGUCGGGAGGCUGGCGGAGAUACUGGAGCGCGUGGCAGCGACGAACCUGAGCACGAUUCAAAGGAACCUGUGGGACCCGGCGACCAGAAGGGCGCUACUUUUUAACAGCCAGGUUCGGGAAGGGGACGCCACGUGGCAGGUCCUACGUGCUUUGAGCGAAAAGCUUGACAGGUCCUACAGGGGUUCGAGGGUUUCACGCCAAUUGGAUUUUGACACGUAAGAGGUUUAAAAUCGGCGCCAAGUUGGUUCCUUGUUUGUUUCUUCACCCGUGCUCAUGACAUUACGCAGACAAAACACGGUGCUGCAUGGGAGAUAAAAAUAAGAAAUGAAUAAAUAAAUAAAUAAAUAUAGUAAAUAAUAAAAACAAGAUUUAGUGGAUGACAGCUGGAAUUUAUUCAGAGAUGGAAUUUAAUGACUCAUGCUGGGGCCCAUAGGGGAAGAUCAGCUUUACGACUUUCUUCGAGGUUCUUAAUGGUGACGUGGCUUAUGGCGAUGACAUGGCAAGAAUUGAUUGGAGGGAUUUGCGGUUUGGAGAAGAACUGUAAAAUAUCUCUAGGGUAGAUUUUGUAUAAUCAUUUUUGCUGUAAAUAGAUUUAAAAGGAUAUAUAAUACGAAUUUUUGAAA